AUGAAAACUCAAGCGCUGCCACUGACCCGCGUGGACUUCCAGCCUAGGCAGCCUAGGCCACAAGUCGGCCAGUGCGCCAAGCAUGAGUCCACUGAGGCGGGGCACUUGCGCAAAUUCACCAGACAGGAGGAGAGACAGCUGAAGCCGCUGCGCGGCUUGCGACGCGAUGCUUUGGAGGUCUCGCUUUCGCGCUGCACCGCCGCAGUCGCACAGUGCAGACGCAACACACGAGCGUGGCCCAAUGUCGUUCGGAUCUUCGAGGAUCUCAGCUCACUACGAGUCUCUCCUGAUGUAGUCCUCUGCAGCAGCGCGAUCACAACAUUGGAGAAAGCUGACCAGUGGCAGCUGGCGUUGCAUGUCUUUGAUCACAUGCCCCGGUCCUCAGUGCGGCCAAAUAUCAUCAGCCACAGUGGCAUCAUCACCGCAUCUAGCAAGAACGACCAUUGGCAGACGGCUCUCCAAGUAUUGAUGGAAAUUCCCAUCCAGCAGUCAAGUCCAGACCUGAUCGCGCACAACCAGGCAGUUGGUGCUUGUCAGACAAAACAGGCCUGGAAUAGGGCUUGCCAACUGCUGGCCGAGAUGCCCGUCGCCCAGCUUGUUCCCAACCUUAUCAGCUACAACAGCACAAUCACUUCUUGUGAAAAAGGCGGGCAAUGGCAGGCCGCAGUUCAGCUCAUGGAUGACAUGCGGAAGGUGGAGCUGCGCAUGGACGUAAUCACGUACAACACUACAAUAAGUGCCUGCGAGAAGGCCGGAAACUGGGAGCUUGCGCUGCAUUUUCUGACUGCUUUGUCCUCUGCCCACUUGCAGCCGGACGUCAUUAGCUUUAGUAGUGCCAUCAGUGCUUGUGAGAAGGGUGGGCAGUGGCAAAUGGCUGUUGAUCUACUUGCAACAAUGGUGACGACACAGGUUCUUCCAGAUGUCAUUGCUUACAACGGCACACUUGCUGCAUGUGAGAAAGGAAAUCGCUGGGAGAUUGCACUUUCCCUUCUGUCGGACAUAGAUGCUACAAGAUUGCGGCCCAGCAUCAUCUCACUGAAUUCUGCUAGUAGUGCGUGUGAGGGAACCUGGCAAUCGGCUUUGCAAAUCUUGGUGGCUGUGGAUUUGUGCAUGACCAGGCCAGACAUAAUCACGUACAACAGCAACAUCAGCGCACUUGCGCGGGGAGAAGAGUGGCCGUUGUCCAUGUCCUUGCUCGAGGAACUGGCCUCAAGGGCCCUACGCCCGAAUGUAGUCAGCUGCAGCGCUGCGAUGACUUCAUGUGAAGCAGGAGGGUAUUGGGCGACUGCUUUAUAUCUGUUCACGUACAUGUGUGCUGGGGCGGCCCAGAAUGUAGUCAGUGGCAGCACCCUCAUAAGUGCAUGUUCAAAGGCAGCCCAGUGGCAACAUGCCUUGCGUGCGCACUCGUCCUUACAGGGAUUCGCGAUACAACCCAAUGAGGUCAGCUUCGGCAGUGCGAUGACCGCCUGCGGAGAAUCCUUCCAGUGGCGACAUGUCAUCCAGCUGUACUCAAGCAUGCUGGCAGUGAGAGUCACGUCAGAUAUGUGUGGUCAUGCCUGUGCCAUUCUUGCCUGUGAGAAUGCUUCCCUUUGCCAAGCUGCUACGACUGUCUUGGCGCAACUGCAGAAUCACUGCAACAGCUUAUGUGUGCUUGUGCGAUUGCGCCAGUGA